AUGCUAGCCUGUCACAAACUCGCCCUGAAUGCUCGCACUCAUGCUCCCCUCUAUUUUGAUACUACUGGAAAGCGGCUCACUCUCCAAGAAACCACAGACAGCCGGGUAGAGGAGGGCGGGAAUCUGGAAAGGCGCCCUGAAGGAGGGAAAAUGGUCACUACAAACCAUAUUUACUAUCUCCCGAGAUUCGAAAGCGUUCCGCUAGAUUCAGUCAUACAUCAGCAAGUCGUAGGAAACCGAGGCUUCUUCAAUCAUCCUGUUCUUGUCAUCGAGUUUGCCGAAACCCCCAACGUCGUCCGCUUCCUACCUUUGACAACUUUUCGAGGGAUAUACGGAACAGGUCCAACGCCUUCAGACAUACGACUCGAAUACAUCGCUAUCCAGGACUUGAACAGCCCACCCGACGAUGAGGUCAAAGUUCAAGUCACGCCCGAAUCACCCCAGAUGGACGGUAGGACAUGGAUAAAGAUGGAGGUCUUCCGGAUCGAGGCGUUCAACCUCCAACAGUACCGCUGGAAAACCAUCGAGAUUGACGCAAACGGCAUGAAUAUAAUCUGGACGCGUUUGAGACAGCUGGAUAUAGCACCGGGAGCGGUCAUGCAAGUGCCAGACGAGACGAGCAUCGGGACAGACUCUAUACUCCAUACACAAAUCGGGGACGAAAGGGAGGGAUAUUCAAUUCUGAACCAUCUUGCGGUUGUAGUCGAAAUCAGCGACGAGUUUGCUCGUAUCUUGCCCACCACGACGAAAGAUGUUAGUCAGACGGGCAUACAAAAAGGUGCCCAGGCUAGGGCAUUUCGACAACAAUACCUGCUCAUUUCGAAUACAGCGGUCGUAGGCCAUGACGGUACGCCCGUACUAAACCUCGACCGAAUUUCCUCUCCUUUGAGCCAAAACGUCUACGUAAAGACAGGCAAGUCUUAUUGGAUCGAAAUCGGCCGGCUGAAGUACUACCAAUUCCCUUCUGUGAGGCUCGAUCCCCUCUCCGCUCGCGUGCUUCUCAACUACCAUUUUCCGCUUAUUCAUGACCGCACGCUGAGUCUGUAUCUUGGGCGAGCACCAUCGCCGCACCUGGAGCCAUUGCCCGCAGAUCUGCCGCGAGAUCUAUCUGGUACGGCGCCUAUCUCGCAACAUCGUGAAGGCCCUCAACAGCCUCAAACGCCUGCCAGCGCUGCUCCUCGCGAGCCUCAAAAUCCAUUCCUCCCGGUGUAUCCCCCGGAUCCGGCUUCGAUUCAAAGGGUCGCACAGCAAGAAGAAGUCCAGAAUCCGUAUCGGCCUGUGUUUCCUGCUGGAGAAGUCGAGGCUCCAAAUCCGUAUAGACCAGUGUUUCCUGAUUGA